AGUGAUGGCGGCUGGAACAGCCUUGGUUUAUGAUGGUGAAAUGAGCAGCCAUAAACUACUUUGGGAAGAGACUGAUACCUUUGCUGCAGUUAGGUGAAGAUGGAAAAAAGAGAGGAGGCUUUUGCAUUCCUUUAAAGGAUUUGAAAGAGAAACAAAAUAAACCCAGUCUGUGAUAUAGAAGUCCCUGAACGGCUUUCUUCCUGCUAUGACCGCCUUCAGCACUAUAACCUGGUUGAACGAUGCAUUUCUGUCUCUGCCAGAGAAGGAACUGACAGUGAAAUCAUGCUGAUUCAUAGUAUGGAUUACUUGGAAACUGUGAAGGGCACUGAGAAGAUGGAGGAGGAAGAACUCCAAAAAGUCUCCGCUGGUUACGAUGCUGUUUACUUUCAUCCAACAACGUAUCGUUGUGCAAAAUUGGCUGUGGGAGCAACAUUGCAAUUGGUGGAUGCUGUGAUGUCAGGAAAGACCCGCAAUGGGAUGGCUCUAGUAAGGCCUCCAGGUCAUCAUAGCCAAAGAAAUGCAGCCAAUGGAUUUUGCAUCUUCAAUAAUGUUGCUAUUGCAGCAAAAUAUGCUCAAAGAAAAUACAACCUGCAGAGAAUUCUCAUUGUUGACUGGGAUGUGCAUCAUGGACAAGGAAUUCAAUAUACAUUUGAUGAUGACCCAAGUAUUCUCUAUUUUUCAUGGCAUCGGUUUGAACACCAGAAAUUCUGGCCUUCGCUCAGGGAGUCUAAUUAUGAUGCGGUUGGUCAGGGGAAGGGAAGAGGAUUCACCAUAAAUAUACCUUGGAAUCAGGUUGGAUUGGGAAAUUCAGACUACCUGGCUGCAUUUCUUCAUGUCUUGCUUCCAAUGGCUUUUGAGUUUGAUCCAGAACUUGUUUUGAUUUCUGCUGGAUAUGAUUCUGGAAUAGGUGAUCCAGAGGGGCAGAUGAAUGCAACUCCAGAAUGCUUUUCCCAUCUUACCCAUUUUCUAAUGAAUUUAGCUAAAGGAAAGUUGUGUGCAGUUUUAGAGGGUGGAUAUCACUUAAGGUCACUCUCUGAAUCAGUUUGCAUGACUCUAAAAACUUUGCUUGGGGAUCCUUUACCUCCUUUGUCUGGUGAAAUGAUGCCAUGCUUAAGCGCAAGGGAAUCAAUCCAGAAUGUGAGAGCUGCACAUAAGCCAUACUGGAAGUGUUUGACAUAUGAAGAUGUGACUCCACUGCAAGACCUCAGUACUAGAUCCUGUCAGGCAGAGGAAGCUGAGUCUACACAGAGUAAUGCGGAACUCCUAACUCCUCAAGAAGUUGGAAAGGGAAACAUCAGUGAGGUCAUCAAAACAGAUAGGUUUUUGGAGAUGCAUAUGAAAAGCAUUAUUGUCUCUUUGAAACCUCCUAUUAAAACAGCAGCAGCUGUUGAUGAGAGUGACACACACCUGCUCCCACCAGCUGUUCACAUUCCAAAGGGACUGGAUGUGAAAGAGUUCAAAACUACUAUCAGUGCAUUUGAUGUUAAACUUAUGAAAGAAGAGGCCUUAAGCUCACUCUUGAACAUGCUGGCUGUCCUUAACAAAAUCAUUAAAAAGGAGGUGAUCAAUGGACUUGCAGUUUCAUCUACACCUUCACUUUCUUCUGCCAUUGCAGCAGCACAUUGCAGAAAACUGAAGGUACAAAAAAUCCUGUGUGUAUUUGUUGGUGACAUGGACAUGAAAAUUGAGUUGGAGGAUGGCAAAGUCCUCUUGAUCAAUAUUUGUGCUAAACAGUCUGAACAAGUUAACACCAAACACAAUAUCUCUCUCAACUGGAAAGAAGAUCCUGAAACAAACAACUUCUUCUCUGCUACCUUUGGAUUUAUUCUUCCAGUAGCAUACAGCUAUCAGCCUAAUUUAACCAUUGUAAUUGUUGGACCAAACCAGAACCUUGGCAAAAAUAGAAUUUCCUUGCUUAUUAGUUUAUUGCAAGGGUUAGCACAAUCUCAGAUUCUUGCUCUAAUUCAGGAUACUGAAGAGAAAAUAAUGCAGGAUAUAACCAACAUCUUGACAGGUGGCUUUAUACCUAACUUUGGGACCUAUGCACCAGAUUUAAAGGAGAAUGUGCAAAUGAUAAAAGAAUUAAGAGAGCAAUUUCAACAGGAAUGGAAAUUGCUUCAGUGUUCAGCAAAGAACUCCAAAGAUGAAAACUAAAAUAACUUUAUUUCAAUGGUCUCUUUUGUCCCACAUGAAAACAAAACAAAACAAACCAUCAGAACAAGAUAUGCUUUAUGAAUACAAGGGCAUAAAAUGUUCCUGAACUGAUUUUUUAUAUAAUCUUUACCUUGAGGAUUAUCGUCCAGCUCUUUACCUCAGAAAUGCUAUUGUCUUUGCUAUAAAGACUUUUUAAAAUUUCAUACAUACCUAAAUAUUUGUUUUUUUUAGCUGCCUCCUCUUGACCUUUACAAACGGCUGUGACAAGAAAGGAGAGUUGUGACUGAUUACAAGGGCUUUGUGCGGCCCUGCUCUAAGAGGGAAGACACAAGAGACAGCCAAUUAACUCUGUACAGCUCCACUUUUUUAAUAUGAGAAAAAUAGGUUAAGCUUAAUAUCUUAAGCUCAAGCUGAGGAAAAGAAGAUGUGGGGAUCACAAAUGGGAUUGUGCUUCUGCAGUAGUUUCCUGCUGACAUGUAUGCUUGUAAGUUAAAUCUUAUAUUUCUCAUGUAUGAUUUUCACAAUAUAAAGUAAACUUGAUUAUCUUACUAAC